UUGAUGCCAUAGAAGUAGACGGAAGCAGGAAGCACUUCUGUUGUAACGGUACUGGUUACCAGCCUCGCAGACGUGAGCUCGACACACGUCUGCCUUUCUUUCGUUUUGUUUAACCCUCGACAUCACGGGGAGACGCCUUGGAAUUGUGUGUUAAAUGUGAACAAAGCAGCGCGGCGCGUUCCAGGCAGCCCGCCAGCGUCUGGUAGCCUAGCAUUGUGUGCUAGCAUCGUAGCGUGUCAACAUAAAAAAAAAACCCACACUUUCGAAGAUGGAUUUGCUCAAAAGCCAAACGCUGCACCCACACCUGCGCGGCGAAGAAGCCCUGGUGGUGGAAAACGCCAUUCGGUUGGCGAUAGACUCGAUCAUAAACGUGCUGUACGGCGUCAACAGCUCCAGGACUCGCGAGUACCAGCGGAUGGUGGCCGACAAGGACAAAGAGAUCCGUCGGCUGGAGAGCAGUCUCUCGGAGAUGGAGUGCGAGGUGAAGGUGCUCCGCCGACGGGGAUUCGCCUGCGGACUGCUCGGAGGGGAGCGCAGCCCGGUUGGCUCUCGGACCCCCGAUGACGCGCAGACGAUCGAGGAGAGCGGGUUUGAACUGAGCUGCAUCAACGCAGAGAGGACAGCAGAGCACCAGGAUUAUGAAAUGAGUAUUAAUUUAGGCCUCUUUGCCAAACCCCCAUCGCAAGUCUCCCCCCAAAUCCACCUGUCGGCUCCAACGUCAUCUCGCGCCAGAGCGGACCGGUCCUGCAUCCCCCUCUCUUCCAAUUCCUCCGAUGUGUCGGAGGCAGUCGGGAAUCUGCCGAUGUCUCCCGGCGGCUUCGUCAUCAAAGAAGAGCCGUGCGAUAUCGACCCGGUUUUAAUCAAGUUGGAAAUGAGCGACGAGAGAUUCGAGGAGCUCCGUGAGGGCGCAGGCCAUCCGUGCGAGGACAACGAGGGCGCCAGCGCACACGAAAAUGUAGAGAACAGCAGAACUUUAGAUGAGGACCGCCAUGCAGAGCCAGGCGGUUACGGCCACCAUGACGUACACCUCAGGAACAAGAAGAAGGGCGUGCCCAUGUCCGAGCUGACGGAGGAGGCUCAGCGACAGAAGAGGGCCGCGUGGAGAGCGGCCUCCAGGCGCUACUACGCCCGCAAGGUCGCCCGCCAGCAGGCGCACCCCCCGCGCUCGGGCCCCGCCCCUUCGCACCCGACCCCCUCCUUCCUCCAGCGCUCGGGCCCCGCCCCGUCCCGCUUGGGCCCCUUCUUCCCGCGCUCGGCCCCCGUCCCGCACGUCACAGACUCCCGGUACCCUCACCCCAUCUCUUUCGCGGACAAGAGGAGGAGGACGCUGAUAUCCGAGUUGCCGGAGGCGUCGCAGUCCCUGCAGAGGGAGGCGUGGAGAGCGGCGUCCAAGAGGUACUACGCUCGGAAGAACCCUCGCCACCACGCGGAGCCCAUGCACUACGCGCACCUGCUCCAGGACGCGGAGACGCCCGGGGACGCGCCGGAACCCAACCGGGCGGGACCCCACGCCGCCAGCGGGGGAAUAAUGUGCAGCUGAUGGACAGCGUGAGGACACACAAAGGGCUGUUCUUUCAUUGUGUUGAAGUCGACAUUUCACAUCUUCCGAUAUGGUCCACGUAUUUUCAGCCUAUUGUAAGUCAUUUAUUGGCUGAAAUAUAAAAACAAACUGAGAAAAACACCAGUUUUAUCAAUUUGGUUCUACUUUUUGGUUCUUUUUCUUCAUUUCGUCCCUGCCAUGCGGUGCAUAACGUGUCUGUAGGAACGCUGGCUGCAGAUGUGCUAAUGUGACAGCCACUGGAUCGAUGCAGUCUACCUAAAACCAAGGCCUCUGUAAUGGAGGACAGCUGGUUCAUACUACGCAAUGAAAUACUAUGACUUUUUAAGUUCUUCACUUUGACAUACUGCUUUUGUUUUUGACAUAUUGUGUGGUGAAAUACGACACUAUAACUGAAUAUGAUUUAUGAAAUAACUUUUUCAGACUUAUUUAAGAAUUGAAUCACUUUGGUGGACAUACUAUACUAUUCAGAAUUUCGACAGACAAUAUGACUUUUUGAGAAACAAUAUGGUUUUUUAAUGACGUGAUAUAUAUUUAUAUAAUUAUAAUAUGACUAUGCUAUGCUGUGAUUAUUUUGUGACUUAAUAUAUAGGGUCAUUUUGAUAAAUAAAUGCAGCCUUCUGUAAUAUACUAUGACAUUUCUUAUUGUCAAUGACUUUUCAGUGAAAAAUAUUGAAAUGCCUUUGAUUUAAUUUAAUUUUAAUGGCUUUUAUUAAAAGACUAUACUAUGUUUCUUCCAAAACAAUAAAUUGCUUUUUACGACAAUCAUUUGUUUCAACAUAUACUUUAGCCAUAAUAUAUUUUUUAUUGAAUUACUUUGAUACAUACAGUGAUUAAAAGAAUCAUAGAUAUAUAAUAGAAAAACCAUGACACUGACAUUUUUUCUAAAUCCUGCACACAUUUCAUCAAUAUACUGGACAUGUUCUAGACAAACCAAUGAAUUUUCAUUAACCAGAACUUUUUUAGAGAUACUAUUUUUUUGUUGAUACUCUCUAACAUGGCUUUUUUAUAUAUUACAUAUUAUGCUAUGAAUUAUAUUUAUAUAUAUAUAUUAUUAUAAUCAUAUAUUAUAAUGGAUUUUUCUUGGCACUCAUGGGGACAAUUUAUUCUGCUUUUACUUCUGAUAUUCCUCUGAU